AUGGAUUUUGAUAUGGAACAUGUAGAUAAUGAGUAUGACGAGGUAGAAGUUGAUGAUGAGCAAGAAUGUGCUGAAAUAGUCGAUGAACCUAAGGUCGGAAUGACAUUUUCAUCUGCAGAAGAAAUUUUGUCUUACUAUAUGAAAUAUGGUAAGCAGGAAGGAUUUGGAGUGUGUAAACGAAAUUCUAAACAAGAUGAUGAUGGUAAUGUCAGAUGGUUUACCUUAGUAUGUGUGAGAGAAGGCACAUCAAAGAGUAAGGCUGCUAAUGUUCUGAAGCCAAGACAAACGAAGAAAAUAGGGUGUAUGGCCAGGAUUAAUGUGACGAUGAAUAAUGAAAGUGUAUAUACCCUGACUAAAGUAAACUUGGAGCACACACACAUUUGUAGUCUAGGAAAGAUAAGACAUUUCAAAUAUUUUAAGAAGGUUGAUGCUCGUGUAGCUAAAAGACUUGAAAUAAAUGACGAGGCAGGAAUACGAAUGUCAAAGAAUUUCAAGUCUCUAGUUGUUGAGGCGGGGGGUUACGAUAAACUAUCAUUUGGGGAAAAGGAGUGUCGAAAUUAUAUUGACAAAGCAAGACAACUUCGUCUUAGGGUUGGAGGCGUUGAAGCUCUAUGUAACUACUUCCAAGAAAUGCAAAAAAAAAAUCCAGAUUUUUAUUUUUCCAUAGACGUGGACCAUGAUAUGAGAUUAAAGAAUGUGUUUUGGGAAGACGCUAGAAGUAGAGCUAUGUAUGAAUCAUUUGGAGAUGUGAUUACAUUUGACACAACAUACCUGACUAAUGCCUACAAGAUGCCCUUUGCACCGUUUGUGGGUGUGAAUCACCAUGGUCAGUCAAUUCUAUUCGGGUGCGGAUUGAUAUCUAAUGAGGAUGCACAUACCUUUGAGUGGUUGUUUAAUGUUUUGGUCGAUCAAGAUCAUCUGGAUGUUAAAUGCAGUUGCAAGUUUAGGGGCAUAUUAUGCAGACACGCUCUUCGUAUCUUGGCUCUGCUAGGCAAAAGUACAGUACCAUCAAAAUACAUCUUGGAUCGGUGGAAGAAAGAUAUAAAGCGAAAAUACACCUUUGUAAAAAAUAAUUAUGAGUCGAGUAGCAACCACGAUGGAGAAAGGUACGACAAGAUCCAAAAUUCCUUCUAUGAACUGUGUUCGAAUGCUUCAAAGGCCAAGAGCAGUUGUGUGAAAUUAAUCAACCAAAUAGAGCAGUUGAAGCUAGAGUACCCUGGCACCAAUUCUCAGUGUGGUAGCGAACCAGUUGAUCCACAUACUUCCAUGGAGGGCAGGAAAAGUGCAGUUCUUAGUCCAUUGGUAGUUCGAAGUAAGGGAAGACCACCGUCAAAGAGAAAAGCCCACCCUGUUGAGAAGGUUCUUAAAAAGCGAGUACAAAAAGAAGAUUGCGAUGCGACCCUGUUGAAGUUCUUGGAGAGCAGAGUAGUCAAAUAG